CUUGGAGCCUCUGUCGCUUAAGAAACCUAACCUUCUUCCUCUACAAAACGGCGUCUCUUCAUCCAUUCCAAUUCCCAACUAGGCAGGCGUGUAUAACUUUGAGUGGAGAUUUUACAAGCACCGCCGCUGUUACCCGAACUAAUCUAGCAUUUGGAAAUACAAAGCCAUGAAGAUGAUAGAGAAGAAGAGAAAAUCGAGAGACGGUAAGAAACAUGAUAGACCACAGAAAUUUACCAAAAAGUCCAAAUUCAGCAAAAAAUACGGCAAGAUUGAGGACGAGAAAAGGCGGACCGGACCACGCUUACCUCAAUCUCUUAGGAAAGAGCUCGAUCGAAUCAACCCUAAUGACCAGUCCUGCAGUGAAGAAGAUGAAGGUAUUAACGGCGACUUUUAUGAAUACGAGGAAGGAGUGCCUGAAGAGGAAUCAAAGAAGAACCGCCGCUUCGAUUCCGUUGAGAAUUACGAGUAUAAGUUACCUGAGGAUUUUAAGGAUGAGAAUGUUGAAUCGGAUGACGACGAUUAUGACUUUGAUGGUGGCGAAAAUAAGAUUUCUGACCAUAAGGGUAAAAAGGGAGACCUAGAUCAACUUGGUGAUGAUGUUGAAGAUGAAGAUGAUGAACGGCAUCUGAGGAUGUUGCAAGGAAUCACUGGAAUGCCAAGUCAGGCCUUUCAAGGCAAGAAGAAAAACAAAGUUGUUGUAUCCGAGGGAUAUCCAGAGUCUGAAUAUAAUCCUACUCGUGAUGUUCUGGAUGGUGAUGGCCGCAUUGCUAUUGAAGACCUUCUUGAAAGUAUUCAAGGAAAACCUGGUUAUAGAGAGCUUCGAAAUAUAACACGUCAUGUGGAGAAAAAAGGAAAGCUUCUUCAAGCUCCACUUCCCAAGGAGGUUCGAGACAGGUUAGAAAGGAACGCCGCUUAUGAACAAUCAAAGAAAGAUAUUACAAGAUGGGAGCCUUUGGUCAAGAGGAAUAGGGAGGCACCUACCAUUAUUUUUGAUAAAGAUACAGAUUUGGGGUUAUCAACUGUAGGGGCAAUAGCGUCCGAAUUUGAGCCUAGAACUGAGUUUGAGAAGAAAAUGUCUUUGUUAGUUAAUGAUGACAAGGUUAUGGCAGCUCAUAAAGAAGAUGGCUCUAGGCUUCUUGAAUUAAAUAAGAUAUCCCUUGGAGAUUACGUAAACAGUCGAAAUCAUAUUGCAAAAAUGCGGAGCCUUCUUUUCCGCCAUGAGGUGAAGAUGAAACGCGUCAAGAAGAUAAAAUCAAAAACAUACCAUCGGUUGUUGAAGAAAGAAAGAUUGAAAGGAUCUGUAGGAAUAGAAGAGACAGAUAUAAGGGGUAGAGACAUAGAGUGGAUGAAAAUUGAAAGGGAAAGGAAGAAGGUGAUAAAUCGUAUAAAUCGUCUCUGUUGUGGGCGACGGUUUUUCAUGUAA